AUGGCAUGUGUAUAUAGUUGCAGUAGCGUAUGUUGUGAUCCCUGUGCUAGCUACUCUACAUUUAUACCUUGUUGCAAUGCACCAAUAACUCUUGAUUGUAGUUAUCAACCACGAUGUUUUCAAGAAGUUUAUUAUGCAGCUGAACCAGCACCACAAAUUCAAGUCGUACGACAACGAUUACCUGAUCCACCAGCUGAUGUAAUCGAUCGAGUUAUCGUUGUUCCUCAAGCAAAAAAAUACGUUUAUCAAGUUGUCGAAGUACCAACAAAACCACCUCCAGUCGUUCAACAACGUUAUGUUCAAGAAGCGCCUAAUGCACCAUUAUGUGGUGGUACCUAUCAUGUUCAAGUACCACAUAGAUCAAUGACACAAAUGCCAAAAUUCGUACAAUCUACACCAUGCGUUCAACAAAUACCAAUGUGUUAG